GAGCUACGAUGCAGUCCAUUGGCGAAAUAAAAUCUAAAUGGAGAGUAAAGGGCCUCCAUACUACAUGGGAUCGACAGCUAGUUUGCCCAGAGGUGCAGCUCUACUUAGGGCGUACUCACCAGCAGUAGCUAGCUUAUCGGCGGAUAGGAUGAAGUCAGUUCCUGCUGAUGGGUACAUGUCGUCACCAGAAAGAAGUUCAAGGUACGAAGACCCUUACUACAGCCAAUAUGCUGCAAGAUCCGGAUCAAUAACACCAGUUAUCGAUGAAGAAAUUAGUGAUACGGAACUUCUGGACGACUCGUACUCGUUGUACGGGAUGAAACUACCUCCAUCAGGAGGAGGGGUACCACCUAGGGUCGCACCUAGGUCGCCUUUCGCACCUCCUGCUGCUGUCCCACCUUAUGAUGCUACAAGAUUACGGGUAGAAAAUAUGGAAAGGCAGCUAGCAAACUUAACAGGACUUGUACAAAAAGCUCUCACUCAGCCCGCUCCCGGACAUCUGCAAGUGCCUGGGAGAGAUUCUUACAGAGAUGACACAUACCUGCGGUCAGACAGCAAAGCCCCAAAACUGGGCAAAACUGGCUGUCACAAGUCUGUAUCAUUUGAGAAAAGUGUAUCGUUCAGCGAUGAGCCCCCAGAUAUGAAUUCACCGAAGCAGCAUAGCCCACAACAUACAGCGGACACAAAGCCUGCCAAACCCGCCAUUAAGUCAUCCACGUUACCCAGGACUUCGUCUCAGGAGCGGGACGGUAGACUCAAACCAGCUCCAUCAAAGCCCAUGCCUCUGAACCAUUCGGGGAGCUACGAUGGCUCAGCAGGGCCUUACAGAGACCUGCAACUGACUGCGGAGACUUACAACCAGUUGAGGUGCUUGCAGAAGAAGGCCAAAGAACUACGAGCAGAAGCCAGGAACCUACGGAGGAUGUCCCAGGCACAGGCUCAUUCUGUCAAAGAGACUGUUAGGGACGCUUUUAUCAAGAUCAGGGCAGUGUUGAUGGCUGGCGGGGAGCAACUUUGGGAAACGGGUAUGGAUCAAGAAAGGGUACGACUAUCUAGAGAAGAAGAUUUGUACAAACAAGAGAUGAUGCGGUUAGAAAAGGAUCUGAGUGACCUUGAAUCAACGGUAGAAGAACUCAGGGGAAACGUGAUCAACAGAAAGACUAGAGUUAACAUGUCCGAUGUGGAAAAUAUGGCGUUGAUACUCAGCAAGAGUUCGAAGACUGUGGCUGAUCUAAAACUCAGAUUUCCUGGCCUACAAGAUAGUAUGAAAUCUUUUCUCAACACAGAAAUGGAGAAGAUGAUGCGAGAAGAGAAAUUCCUGAAGGAGGAGCCAGAAAGGCUGGAAAGCGCAUUGAGGAGGUGUAAAAAACUUACUGGAACAUUAGUUACGCUUAAAAGGUUGGCAAGCGUACAGGAGCAACGGCUGCCAUGCUCAAACUCCGUCGACGGUCGUCUAAGCCCCUCCUCUACAGAAACGCCACCUAUCACGCCUUCAUCUACGCACAGCAAGGGCGUCCGGCUGGGGUCGGUCACAAUCGGGGGAGACCCCUCCCUCUCACCAGUUGGGGGCGGGUCACCAAGCGGUGGCAGCGAAAGCGGGUCCUGCGGGGGGGCCGGCGGGAACUCCUGCCGUCCGGAGAACGCACUCGACGCUCUGCUAGAUGAGCUGCAAACCUUCUCCAGACCAGCUUCGGCUUCUGCCACAGCUGCGGCUGUUGGACCGCCAGGGAAUUCAGCUACCGAUGGAGGAGGAAGAAGUGUCGCUAACAGAGAAAGUGAACAGCAGCGUAAAGGCAGCAUGGACUCACAGCACCCCUAUCACCCCCCUUCUGCCCUGCAAGUGACACCACUGCCUCUCCAACCGGGAGGCAUCGGUCUCCGCAGGCUGCACUCUUACCCCAGCGGGUCGGAUACCGACAACAGCCCUCCCAUCCAACCUCUCAAGGCUAGUCUAGGCGCGACCUCUGGAGGAGGAGGCAAACCUCCUUUGCCCGAGAGGACGGACGCGUCUGGAGGAGGUGCGACCACAGCUUCUGGAAAGAGGAUGCCUCCACCACCGCCGCCAAGGACGUCUAGCAAGUCGCCUAUCGCGUCGCCGACUUCGCCUAGGUUGCCACCCAGGGCUCCAGUUUCUGUAAACAACCCCGCAGUCCACAACCUACAGCACAUCCAGAACGUACAACAGCAAAGCACCUCAUCUGACGACAGCAGCAGCAACAGUCAAGCCAUCGUUGAGGAAAAGCCGGCAUUGUCUCAAUUCGAACAAGCAACGCAGAAUCUGGGGUUGCAGACGCUCAGGAGAAGUAGGGGACUGUCUCAAGGGGGAGCGGGAGGUGAUCAGUCUCAAGGUGGUUCACUUCAGUACAACAGCAAACCCUCAGAUAGAUCCCAAACUCUCCCACGCAACCUGGGUAGUACCCUGCUGCAAGCAGCACCUCAACCGCAAGUCGUAGCAGCAGUAGCUUCAGGAGAUAUUGUUAGCAACAGCAGCAGUUGCGAGAGUAUCAAUUCACAAGAUGGCGGAAAGAAUAAAACUAGGAAAGAGGAACUGGAACACAGACAUCAGGAGCUGUUAAAGAAACAAAAGGCCCUCCAGGAACAAUACGCCCGCCUUCAACAACUGCAACGUGGCCCCAACGCCUUGGCGGGGAUUCCCCCAGACCAACUGCUAAAGAAGACCGGCAGCGAGUCCAACUUACUGCAAAAGAUGGGCCUGCAGCUGGCGACGCAGCAACAGGUGACUGGGUCAUUGACCAACUUGCCCGCGAAGGCCCAACAGCUCCAGCAGUUGCAGCAGCAGGGAGGAGACGUGGGGAAGCAGGAGAAUGUUGCCAAAGAGACCAAGGUCUAUGAGACGGAGAUACUGUGACUCACUGUGCGCUUAGAAUGUUGAGGAGUGCGUGCUUCAAUGUGGAAAGCUCGAUUCACGGUGUGAGGCUGGGAUGUGCUAUGUGUAUUAGACAGAUUUUUCCCUCUCCUCAUUUUCCCAUAUCUUUUUUCCUACACUUGUCUUCUUUCUGGGGCACCAAGACUGACACACUGGUAGCAUUGGGUAUUUCAAGAAAUACUAAAUGAUUGCCUGUUAUUUGUUAUUAAGUUUUGACGUAUCACAUUUUGGUUCAUCUCCUUGAUAUAGAAUCUCUAGCCGUGGUCUGUACCGCACGGGUAUUACGUAUCUUGAAAAGUGACAGUAUGUUGAUUUUUUUGACAUUGUAUCGGUUUUUUGUGACAGUAUGUAGGUUUUUCGACAAUAUGUUCACUUGCACUAGAUGAUGGACGUAUUGUGAAAUCGUUUUGCAGUUGUACGUGUUGCCUAAACGUCAUGAGGCUUCAUUUAUCAAUGUUUGGCUCUGAUGUAAAAUCUGCCUCAGAGAUGGAAUAACUGAUGGAGGUCUAAGCUAUAAGAAAUAAUUAUAUUCACUGUACACUGUCGAAUUAGAAGUCAUAUACAUGCUAACAGUAAUUACACACAACGGUGGUGAUUUCCCGUAAUUCUGAUCAAAGUGUUUGCUGUCUUGAGAAAGGACAACAUAUAAAUAACCCGUCGGGUAUAGGUAAUAGAUAUACUUUAUUGGCAGCAUAUUCAGUAGUGAUUUUAUCACAUAGCAAAUAUCAUUGAUUUUAUACGCAUGCAGACCAAUACUCAUAAUCAUCCAGAUUCGAUCUUGCUAUUCAAACAACUUUUCUCUCAGUGCAGACUACAGGCUACUCGGCUUCACAAAACAUAUGCAACCAACAAUGCGUAUAGUUGAGUCGUUUCUCCAUUGAUGGACGCUCACAACGAUCCCAGUGAGCAAACGUGGAAUGACUGCUUGUACCCUAAAAACUACCUAGUCUGCAAGAUGUUAUAGGUUAUUUUUGACCUUGCCCGUUCGGGCUGAAGUGAGGAUUAGAGAUAGCUCCGAGUUAAUUACCUCUAAGUUAAGCUGUAGCUCUGUGGUAAGUGUAUCCCUCACUUUAACUCUGCGUUUAAGUUAGUGAUAAGAUAUUUGUUGUUGGUUACGUUUGGUUGUUUUAUGAUUUUUUGUAACUGUCAUUUGAGUUGUUUUGUUUUCGUUUGUGAUAUGGGUUAUGUAAAUAUAAAACAAGCUAAAAAGGUGUAAUUUUAUAACAUUCAAUAUAAUUUCCUAUUAGUUUAAACCAUCUGGGAAGAUUCAAUAACCAUUUGAUUAUAUUUUGUGCAUUUGUGGUUGAACGCUUUGAGAGUGUCUUUUGUGCUGUCGAAUUUAUUACUAUUACAAAGUGAUCGUACUACAAACUUCACUAACGAAGAAUAAAUGUUUUUGGUUGAGUUUUAUCGAGAAAUAUGGAAUCGCUGCUGAGAACAAGGUGACAGGAGCAGGAUGCUGGUAAACAUGAUGCCUCCACCGAAUAUAGUGAUAUUUGCAUCCUUGAUUGUGUAUUGGUCUGCAUGUGUAUAAAAUCAGUGAUUUUUUCUGUGUGAGAAAAUUGUUAUUGAAUGCCCGACGGGUUAUUUAUAUGUUGUCCUUUCUGAAGACAGGUUAUGUUGAAAGUUAUAAAUCAAGUUUUCUCCCGUUUUUUUUUGAGUUUUCAAUAAAUUUGGGGAGUACUACGAGAAAUCGCCACCGCGCCCGCAUUGUGUGUAAUUAAGCGUUAUCGAAUUAAUAAUGACGCAUCUCACAUCAAAGAUGUUCGCAAUGCCUCACAACUAGGCGCUGAUUUGUAUUUUCUAUUGACAUCGCAAAAUAGAUUUUUCACUUUAUUAAGUGUUCCUAUCUGUAGCAUAUUUUCUCACCUAUUCCUUCACCAACUAGGGAUUUUCUUUUCUUAACUCUGAGUAAAUUUGCAUAUGUAAUUUCCAGAAUGAAUAAGAAAAACUGGAUGCGUAACUAAUUUCUAGCUUUGAAUUUCAAGUAAGUGUAUUUGAGACAUAUUAUUAGAACACAAAUUCUCGCGAUGCACCUAUGCAUUGCCGUUUCCUUCUCGCUAUAUAACUUACAGCUUACACCUCCAGUAGUGUUAUCUCUGAAGCAGAUUUUACAUCACAUCAGAGCCUAACAUUGAUAACUAAAGCACCAUGACGUUUAGGCAACACGUUCAACAAAACAAGUUCACAACGUGUCCAUCAGCUAGUGCUAAGUUAACACCUUGUAGAAAAACCUAAAUAAUGUAACAAAAAAAAAUGAAAUGUCCAAAAAAAUCGAAAUAAUGUCACUUUUCGAGAUACAUAAUACCCGUGCGGUUUCCCCAUCAUUUUCGUGUAUUAGUUUUAUCUCCAUCUUGUGCGUGCAAUUGCAAAUAAAUAAUGUGUCUUAUGCCUUGAUGUUGCGCUACUGGGGAUCCGCUAUGGGGACGAAGACAUGAUCAGACAUAGCGUUUCAGAAUAGUGUAUUGUAAACACAAGAUGCAAGACUGAACUAAGAAAUCUUUAAUUGCUGAUUAGCAACUGAUAAAUGCAUAGUGUGAAACUUAAGCCAGACCAGCUCCAGUAAGAUUAAAUCUGUCAUCCUUGACAUUCCCUUAGACUGUGUUUUAUAUCCAACUAUCGAACAACUAUCGCCAACCUGUCAGUGAUUGUGUCCAGGAUUCCGCCACACAAAUUCCAUUCAUUCUGCUGCACUAUAUAGACGGAAUUCACACGGCCGGAUUCCAGACACAGCCACCAACAAGUUACCGACCACUAGAAAAAACAAAUCGGAAUAGCGCUCCUUUACAUGAUAUUUUGAUGGUUCGACCCCUGACAUACAUCAAUACCAAAAAGUCAUGUGACGUCAUACCCUUGCAUACGUUUCAAGACCGAACAUUCUAGCGCAGUUUCCAUCUAAUCAAGGUGUAGGUUGAUUUUUUGCCAGUAAUUUUGCCAUUACAAACCGAAUCAAAGUUUAAACGCUAUUUGUAUGCACUAUUUGUCUAAAUGUCACCAUAAUCAGACGUUUCCGGCAGAAAUCUGUAAAUGCACGUCAACACCCAGUGCUCCAAUGGGGUUCCAAAGUUGUGAAUCGAGCUUUAUACGUAAAUUUCUGUUAAAUCUUAGGGCGCUUGCUGUCCAGCUCUACUUAGAGUGUAUUUUGAUAAAAAGAAUAUGGGGUGGUGUCAUAACUAACAUGCAAUAUUUAACUUCACGAAGCAUCUCGGCAACCAUUUUUACAUUGAGAAGUUUCAACAAAACUUUCAAGUUAUAAAAAAGCUAUUUGUCAUUCAUAGGUGCAAUUCGUAAAUUCAAAUAACAACUACCAUUUCUGAGUGCAUCUUGUAGAGUCCGAGAUUUGACAUCACAGGGCUUAUUUACUACUACAGAAAGUGGUGUGUGCUAUUUUAACCUACAAAUUUAGCCUUCUAAUGACCUCCGGCGUAGUAAUCUAGGUCAUAUCUAAGGUAAAAUUUUAAAUUGCUUUAUUGAUUGAUUGGACAAGUGCCCUAAUAAGAUAAUGAAACGAACCAUGUAUUCCCAAAAAGUUAGGUCGAGAAAGUCUAUGAAAUGUAAAAUUUCUAUUGUUUUCAAUAUGACGACGCUGUAAAUUACGCAGCCAAAAGCGUUGAAUAUGUUGAAAUGCGUACAAGAAGGUAGAAAAACGAUGAAAAAAUUGAAUGCAUGCAUGCAUUUUCGUCCUAAUAUAGUAAACAUCGCAAUACUCGACUUUUUCGACCUAAAGAACUGCAUUCUUCGAUUAAUUUUCCAAACUGAAAUUGACAAAACAAUGCCCUGUAAAGUUGCACUGAGAAACUAAUAAAAUCAAUAAUCCCACUAUUUGUCAAGAUUCCAUUUUUAAAAGAAAAUAUUAAACUCUAAGAUAAGUUAACAAAGUCAUCUGUCAACUCAAGUGUUCGAAUUCCUGGUUUAUGUAUCGUGCUGAGCUCAACAUAUGCAAUGUGGCGUUAAAUUAAUUUUUCCCACUUAUCUGUCUAUACGUAGUCUAACGUUUGGACAAUUAUUCGAGCUGUAAAAAUUGAGAAAAUGCACACCUAAUAUCUCAUAUCACUAUUGGAUUGUUAUUGAUUUUCCUUGUUAAAUGUUAGGUGUUAUAUUAUACAUUUAUAUUACGCAUAAGGUAUUAAUUUAUAUUUAUUUACUAAUUUUCUAUGUACAUUAUUUAUUUACACCAAUACAUCGUUUCUGUUUUCUAUAAGGACAUUUAAGGUAAAUACAUACAAUACAUAACAUAGAGAUACGACCUCCGAUUCAUAGAUAUUUGUAUAAUGUAAAUCAACUAGUCAUAAAUAAAC